UUCAAGGAUAUUUGCUUGUAUUCGUUGGAGAGAGAGAGAGAAGAGAGAGAAGCAGCAGCAGCCAGCGAGAGUCAUAAGUAAGCAGAAGAUUGUGACUUGUGAGUGAGUAGUGAUGAGCAUGGAGAAGUUGAGCGACGAUGGCGGAGAGGCCGAGAAGCUUUCCGGGUUCAACAGAUAUGCCUGCGCCUGCGCAGUCGUCGCCUCCGUGAUCUCCAUCAUCUUUGGAUAUGACACUGGGGUUAUGAGCGGGGCCAUGAUCUUCAUAAAAGAGGAACUCAAGAUAAACGACACGCAGGUCGAAAUACUCGCUGGAAUCCUCAAUGUUUGUGCCGUCGUGGGCUCUCUCAUCGCCGGAAGAACGUCGGACUACAUCGGCCGCCGCUACACCAUCGUUCUCGCCUCCAUCAUCUUUUUAGUUGGUUCAGUCUUGAUGGGCUAUGGGCCAUCCUACGCGAUCUUGAUGACGGGGCGGUGCACCGCGGGCAUUGGGGUCGGCUUCGCCCUAAUGGUCGCGCCCGUGUACUCUGCUGAGAUCUCUUCGGCCACGCACCGAGGAUUCUUAAGCUCUUUGCCGGAGGUAUGCAUAAGCCUAGGGAUCUUGCUCGGUUAUGUAUCGAAUUACUUUUUCGGGAAGUUGACUCUAAAGCUAGGGUGGAGGAUGAUGCUAGGGGUCGCGGCAAUCCCUUCCCUCGUCCUAGCAUUUGGGAUCCUUAAGAUGCCUGAAUCGCCGAGGUGGUUGGUAUUGCAAGGCCGGCUAGCCGACGCGAAAAGGGUCUUGCUCCUAGUUUGUAAUUCAGAGCAAGAAGUGGAAACCCGAUUCCAAGACAUAAAAAUGGCAGCCGGGAUCGAUGUGAAUUGCAAGGAGGAUGUUGUCGAGGUUCCAAGGAACUCUCGCGGCGAAGGUGUGUGGAAAGAGCUCUUGGUAAGGCCCUCGCCCUCAGUACGGUGGAUCUUGCUGGCUGCUGUCGGUAUUCAUUUCUUCGAGCAUGCAACGGGGAUCGAAGCAGUCAUCCUCUACAGCCCACGGAUUUUCAAGAAAGCCGGAGUGACCGCCAAGAAAAAGCUUUUGCUUGCCACAGUUGGGGUUGGCCUCACAAAGGCCACAUUCAUAAUAAUAGCCACAUUUUUGCUUGACAAAGUUGGCAGGAGGAGAUUGCUCCUGGUGAGCUCAGGAGGGAUCAUCAUCGCCCUAACCGGACUAGGGUUUUGCUUGACAAUGGUGGAGCAUGCGAAGGAACAACUAUUGUGGGCUCUCGUCUCGAGCAUCGUGGCGACGUAUGUGUACGUGGCCUUCUUUUCGAUUGGAAUCGCCCCGGUCACGUGGGUUUAUAGUUCAGAGAUAUUCCCAUUGAAGCUGAGAGCUCGGGGGGUGAGCAUCGGCGUCGCGGUGAAUCGGCUCAUGAACGCAGCCGUGUCAAUGAGCUUUCUCUCGAUAUCGAAAGCCAUAACCAUCGGCGGGAGCUUCUUCAUGUUUGCUUGCGUGUCCGUGCUGGCUCUGGGAUUCUUCUAUUUCUUUUUGCCUGAGACAAAAGGGAAGUCCUUGGAAGAAAUUGAGAUGCUCUUCACGAGGAAGAAUAGCAAGGCCAUGAAUAAAGGCAUAGAGAUCCAGCCAAACAAUGCCUAGUUUAGAACUUGGAUUAGUGAUGUAUAUCAUGCAGCAUAUAUAAUUUGACGCGUGGAGGAAAGUCGGAAUAUACAAGAGAGCUAAGCUUUAAGUUGGACCAUGUAAUUUAGUUCAAAUAUGGCUGAGAAAAUUUACAU